UUAAAUUUUAAUUUGUACUGUUUUUUUGUCAGAAAUAUCUUUCAACCUUUUUUAAUGAAAUAUAUUUGCCUUCUGCCUUACUCCAUGGUAGCUUCGUAGACGUUUGUUGUGCGUGAUAGCCAGGAAAUGAAAAAAGGCAGGCAAUGACGAAACAGUAUUGAUCAUGCCAACAAAUACAGGUUAAAACUAAAGUUGCGAGCCUGGCUUGAAAAUAUAAGAAGUAGAAAAUAGAGUGAAAAGUUAAAACUAGUAAAGAUAAAGUACUGAUAACAGAAAAAUCUACUGAAGUAACUUCUUAUCUCUGUUUAUAUGGCAGGACUUCUGCUGUGCAUCUUCAAGGAGUGACAGCAUUUGCAGCCUAACAGCUGUUUCCCUGGGUCUCCAGUACCCUCUGGCGGUGAAACAGACACAUAGCACCUAAAGGUCACCUCCAGGCACCAUGGCUCAGUAUGACCAAUUGGAUGACAAGGAUUCUCUGGAUAUCCAUGACAACCCUCCAGCUCCUGAUAAUGUUGUAAAAGAGGAGGACAAUACGGUGUACUUCAUCUACGAUGAGGAGGUGGAGGAGGAGGAGGAGGAGCCUCCGCCCCCUGAGCCCGUCAGACCGGUCAAUGACAAACCCCACAAGUUCAAGGACCACUACUGCAAGAAGCCCAAGUUCUGUGAUGUGUGCGCUCGCAUGAUCGUCUUGAAUAACAAGUUUGCUCUGAGGUGUAAGGACUGUAAGACCAACAUCCACCAUGAGUGCCAGUCCUACGUGGAGUUCCAGAGAUGCUUCGGAAAGAUUCCUCCAGGGUUUAGACGAGCCUACAGCUCCCCUCUCUACAGCAGUCAGCAGAACACCACCGUGUCUCCCCAGCAGGGCACUCAGUCCAACAGGAGCGACCCUGUGUUUGAGACGCUGCGUGUGGGAGUCAUCAUGGCCAACAAGGAACGCAAGAAGGGAUCAGAGGACAAGAAGAACAUGCUGAUGAUGAUGAUGGAGGAGGAGGAGUCCCAGCCCAAGCAGGAGGAGGGAGGAGCAGAGGGAGGAGCAGCAGAGGGAGACAAGAAGGGAGACAAGGCAGCAGCUGACGACAAGAGUAAGAAGCCCCAGCCAGGGAAGCUGGGUGUGUUCAGCCAGUCUCACUACUACCUGGCGCUCUACCGCUUCAAAGCUGUGGAGAAGGACGACCUCGACCUGCAUGCUGGGGAUCGGAUCACAGUCAUCGAUGACUCCAACGAGGAGUGGUGGAGGGGGAAGAUCGGGGAAAGGUCUGGCUUCCUGCCAGCAAACUACAUCAUCCGUGUGCGUGCGGGGGAACGGGUCUACAAGGUCACGCGCUCCUUCGUAGGAAACAGAGAGAUGGGACAGAUCACUCUGAAGAAGGACCAGAUCGUGGUGAAGAAGGGGGAGGAGGUGAACGGGUACCUGAAGGUGAGCACCGGACGCAAGCUGGGCUUCUUCCCCUCCAACCUGCUCCAGGAGAUCUGAAGAGGGGCCUGGUCACCUGGUCACCUGCUCACCUGGUCAACUGCUCACCUGGUCACCUGCUCACCUGGUCACCUGCUCACCUGGUCAACCUGCUCACCUGCUCACCUGGUCAACCUGCUCACCUGCUCACCUGGUCAAUCUGCUCACCUGGUCACCUGCUCACCCUGCUCACCUGCUCACCUGGUCACCUGCUCACCUGGUCAAUCUGCUCACCUGGUCACCUGCUCACCU